AUGAGUAGUAUCUCAGACGCGGGAUUAGAAUGUGCUUUGUGUCACGAAAGUUACGCAACGGAAAUUCGAAUCCCGCGUGUACUACACGGUUGCGGUCAUACGGUUUGCCAAACGUGCUGUUCAGCUUUAGUUGAUGUCAGUGCACCUAUUGCCCAAGUUAUUUGUCCGUUUGAUCGAACAGUUACAUUGCUUGUUGAACCAUGCGUUCUUUCGUUGAAAAAAAAUUUUGCACUUAUUGAAAUAAUUGAACGACACAAGAAAUUCACGCAACCAGAUCGGAUAGAUGAAGUACCAUCACCGGAAUAUAUGAAGGAUAUCGUGCUUGGUAUACCGUGUGAUGAAGAUCCGAAACAUACCGCUAUAUUUUAUUGCAUAGUUUGCGAAAGUAAUAUGUGUGGUGAAUGUUCAAAACGUACACAUGCGGGACGGGUACUUUCGAAGCAUUGUCGUGUACCCGUUAGCGAAAAACCACUUUCUCGAACGAUGUGCCCUUACCAUUCAGCAUACGCGAUCGAAUUCGUAUGUCAGGAAGUAGAAUGUCUGGAAAACAACCGCCUGAUGUGUUUGCUAUGUCGCGAUUACGGACGUCACCGGAAUCAUCGACAUUCUCUGUUAGAAGUUGAAGCUGCUGAAUUAAGAGAACGGGUUCAUGAAGCUCUUUCAGAUUUCCGCAGUUUUAUUAGUGAUCUCAAUGGAUGGAAUAUCCGCGUGACACAGACAGUAGCUGAAAUAAUUGAUAUGAAUGAAGGGUCUCAUGCUACUGCACGACGACAAGUUGAAGCUCAUUUUCGACGAUUGCGUGAAGAACUUGAGCUUCAAGAACAGACGGCUAGGGCACGUUUAGAUGCUCACGUUACCGAUCGAAUUGAAGCUCUUCGACAGCAUCAACAAGAGCUGGCUUUCAUUACUUCGCAGGUUACAGCGGUGUCAGCACAAUUGCAAGAAAGCUCAGAAAUGGACGAUGCUCGACUUAUUGAGCAACAAACUGAUCUUAUUAAAAUGCUUGAUGCUGUACGUACCCAUCAAAGUGAUAUCGCUUCAGCUCCAAGCGGUCUUUCGUUAGAUACGAGAAUUCCAUUUUCAUUCACAGCUGAUAACCGAAUUCAUAUGGGUUCAAAUGUUGAUAUUCGUUUGGUUAUUCUUGGUUUGGAUGGAGCUGGAAAAACAACGAUACUGUAUAAGUUAAAGAAUGAUGACUGUAGACAAUCGACAACAACAGUUGGAUUUAAUGUGGAAACAAUUCAGUAUAAGAAUUUCAAGCUUACAAUGUGGGAUGUUGGUGGUGUACCGAAGUUGCGUCGCCUUUGGAAACAUUAUUUUAUGAAUACUCAAGCUCUCAUAUUUGUUAUCGACAGUUCGUGUCCCAGCCGUUUUGGGGAAGCCCAAAAUGAAUUAGCGAAAAUAUUUGCCGAGCGAGAACUUGUCGAUGCAUGCUUUUUGGUCAUUUUGAACAGACGACAACCAACAACUGCUAAUCAACACUGUGUAGUCAGUUCGGCUGCUAUCGAUCAACUUGUUAUGAAUAUUAACCGAUUUAGCGCGGGAAGAACGGUGGUGAUUCAUCAAUGUAACGCAAUGACUGGUAUUGGCUUAUGGGAAGCAAUUGAUGCACUUACGUCAAAGCUUUUGUUGGCACGAAAUCAGACUGAAAUUUUGGAUGAGGACGAACAACAGGAUGAAAUAGAAGAAUUGGAAGUGGAAGCGGAAACACAGACAUCUGAUCCAUAUUGCAGUUAA